GGAGAGCAAGGUACGGGAGAACAAGACCGCAUGGGCACAUCAGAAUGACGAAGACAACAAACUUUAAAUUAAAAUGAAGGACGCGCUUUAAAAAGCCCAAAAUGACGGCAACGUCCCUGGAUGGUGGCGAUACAUCGCGUGAACGAACAAUCUAUCACGCGUCGAAGAGACAAUUCUGAGAGGGAGUUAGAUAUUGUCCAAGUCAAACAUCAAAAUAAGGUAUAAAAGAACGCCAACAAAGUCUCCAUUUUAAUAACAAUCUAGUUAACUACUACUUUUUCCGAUAAAUAGUUCUUGAAAAAAGUGAUCACAGCCUAAUCAAGCCAUUUUUAAUUAAACAAUUUUAAGUAGCGUUCCGGCCAAGAACGAAAGCACCAACGGCAAUGUAAAGAGGUGUUAAUUUUCAGCUAUUCAUUAAUCUCGGUUUAUGGUCAAUAGUCUUAAAUUCAAUAAAAGAGCAACGAAAAAUUCGUUUUAAUUUAAUGUAUGUGAGGAUGUGUUUGCUACCGCAGUCCUAUUGUCUUUACUGGAAAAUUCUGCAUACAAUAAAGAUGAAUUGAACCCAUUAAAUAUCGCGAGUUUAGAAUUACACAAUAUUAAUACACCGGCUAUUUCACUACGGAUAGGAUAUAUAUAUACUUUGUUUCAAUCAAUCAAAAUACCCAAAUAGUCGUGUUCGCUAAUCAGAGUAUAAAGAUAAUAAUAAUAAAAAAAAUAAUACUAAAGAAGUCUUAUUAAAGACGAAACUUUUGCCGACUACCAGUUUUUGGUGAACUACGUUUCCAUAGUUCACCAAAAAUCUUUAAUUAUUAUUUUCUUUAUUUUUUAAAAUAAUUCAAAACAAACAUUUGUCCUAGAUAAUUAGUCUUCCGAUUGAAAGGCAGUCUAAAAACCCUUCGUAUAACAUUUUUUUUAACAUCUCACAAAUUUAAUUUGUACUCAUUGCCUUGCUCUUAUUUGCCUUUUUUUUUUGUAUUUUACGGACAUUUUGAAAUCACUCUUUAAAGAAGCCAGUAAUAAUCGCAAUGAUCCAAAUCUAUGAGAGAUCAUCCUUUGUGGGGAUGCGUCAAACUGGGCCGACACCCAGCUGUUCCAAAGAUAUUACUAACUAGCUGUUGAAAUAAUUACUAUAAUGUAAAAUGGUGUUCGGAAUCUAUUUGCUACAAUAAAAUACCAACCAAAUGAAUAUUUCAGUGUUUUAUCCACUUGAAUAAGCAUGUUUCAAGACGGAUUUUAAGCAAAGAGAAAGCAAAAGCAUCGAUACUGUUGUUAACCAAUUUUAAGAGCGUCCUUAAAAUUCACAGAUAGACAAGGAUUAACAAAAUAACAGAAGGGACAUAUUAAAAUUUGAUAUAAAAGAUACGCGUGGGUAUAGUGACAGUUUGAUUUGCUUGAUUUGGUAUCUACCAGUAUUACAACUGGGGGUAUAUACACAGAGCCUUAACUAAUAAAAACCGUUAAUGCAUGAAGCAAAGGGCAACAGUGAGCGGCUUGUCUUGACUUAUAAUAGUCAAGUAGCCACCUUGUAAAAUCCCUCUUGAAAGCCAGAAUCACAUUGAAUUGAAGAUGGAUGGCAAACGGGCCCGGAACUGAGAUACCAGAGAAGUCGAACAGUAGUAGUACAAACCAAUAGCGAAUUAGUAUGGAUUCUAAGGACAAAUCAGUAAUGUUUGGCUUUAUAGCUGCUCUUUCAUUCCUUGGCAACGCCAUCUUGUGUCUUGUGAUCGCGCGUAGACGCUCAAUGUUAAAGAAGACCUACAAUGUGUUGAUCUUGAACCUCGCCAUCUGUGACGCAUUGACAGGUGUUUUCCUUGUGCUGACACCGAACUACAUCAUCCCCAUGAAGUCGUUCCCGGUGAUGAGCGGAGGGAGUGGGCGCGCUUUCUGUCGUGCCAUCUUCUCAACCUACUGCUUGUUUGUCUGCGGAAAGGCGUCUAACACUACCAUCAUGUGUUUGGCCAUCGAACGAUGGUGCGCUGUGGUCAGACCAACAAAAUACAAGGCGAACUUUAACCGCAAGCGAGUCUCUUUAUACAUCGUCUUGAUUUGGUUGGUCGCGGCAGCGACCGAAGUUUUUGAGUUGUUCAUCGCUGAUCUGAUGCCUGAUGGAAGAUGCGAAUGGAUCACUCCUUUCUACGGGGAGAAACUCGAAAAAGGUUUUCUCGUGUUCCACAUCACAAUUACAUUCUACAUUCCCAUGACCAUCACAUGGAUUACAUUUGCCCAUAUUUGGUACCGCAUGUCACACAAUCAGGUCUCGACUCAGCACGGAGAUGCAGCGAAGAAAAACGUGGUGAGAAUGUGCAUGUUGGCCGCUUUGCUGUUAACUCUCUGCUGGUUUCCGACAGAGACUUUCUGGAUCCUAUUACAGCACAAAGUGGCCACACUCCCAAGGGCUUGGUAUUUCUGGUUUAACUUCUUAGCCUUUUUCAACUCUUGCUGUAACCCUCCUUUGUACUGCUUGACCAACAAGACCUACCGUCGCGAGUUUCUCAAGCUGUUUGGGUGUGGCAUGUGUGGAGCACAAGUUGCCCCCGACUCCACGGUGGCAGCCACGGCAUCAGGCCAAGCAGCAAAUCCACAAGCCCAGUCCGUUCGCUACAAGAUGCCGAAAACAACAAAGCACAGUGUUGUAGAGGAAUCGGUGACGACUGAUAAGAACAGCACUUGUGAUGCAGCACGCGCUGAAUGUCAGAGUGAUAAGGAACCUUAUCAUGGUCACAAUCUGACACGAAAAUACCCUGGAUACGAGCUGAAGGGACAACACCCUGAAAACGAGUUGACUGGACAACGUCCUGGAUACAAGUUGAGUGGGGUACACGGCGCUCAUCAAAGUGACAAGAUUCCUGAAGGACAUCAUGGCAGCAAAGUGACAAGAAAAUACCCCGGUUACCAGUUGACUGAACAUCACCUUGGAUACGUGAUGACUGGUCCAGGCCCUGGAUACGAUGUCACUGGACAACACGCUGGAAAAGGUUUGACUGGGCCACGUCCUGGAUACGGUUUAACUAGAUCCCGCCCUGGGUACAAGUUGACGGGACAACACCCUGGAUACGAAAUGACUGGACCACGCCCUAGAUACAAUAUGAAUGGACCACGCCCUGGAUACGAGUUUACUGGACAAUACCCUGGAUACGAGUUCACUGGAGAAGACCACGCACAUGCUGCACACCAAAAUGCCAAGAUAUCUGCAAGACAUUGUGGUAACAAUGUGAUUAGACCACUCCCUCGCUACAAGUUGCCUGGACAAAACCAUGGAUACGACUCGACUGGACAAGGCCAUCAAAAUGAUAAGGUAACCGAAGAACAUAAUGACAACAAGGUGACUGUACCACACCCUUUACAAGAGUUGCCUGCACAGCAACCUGGAUACGAUUUGACUGGACAACAUCAUGAACAAGAACACAAGGUACACGAAGAACACCAUGGCAUCAAGUUGAUUAGACAACUGACAGGGAAACACCGUCGUUAUGAAUUAACUGGACAUCACCCUGGCAACGAUUUGGCUGGACAUACUCACGGCAAAGACUUGGAUGAACCACACGAUGGCUACGAGUUAACCCGCCAUGACGAUGAGUUAACGUGGCAACACCCCGACUUUGAGUCGAAUGGAGCAAACCACGAUGACGGUAAAGCUAAUGUACACGAAGAUUGCGCAGAACCUGAAAGAUAUCAGGAUGAUGUGAACUUUGGAAAACUAUACAUUGUUGACCAAGCAAUUGUCUUUGGUAACGACCAAGAGGACAAAUAAUAUACCAUUUGUAAUACUAGUUGGUGCUAGAGUGCGAUACUACAAAAUGAAGAUGCGUGGUAUUAAUUUGACGUCAGGGAUUAAAAAAUUAGCAAUUCAGAUACAAGCUAGGAGACCACCAAACUUCCCCCGUGUAUGUAACAAUGGCGGGUGAAAUUGUGUUUUAUUGUAUUCACUGUAUUUCAAUAAUCACUAAAUAAUUAACCAAAUCAAUCAAAACGUAUUCGUCUUUUAAUUCUCACGGCUAUAUGUCUAUAGAUUCGUAAUAUAUGAAGACUAGCACUUGCUAAAAAAAACAAUAAGCAUCGAAAUCUAUCCAUUCAAAUUCCUCGUGUAAAUAAGGACUCACAAUUACGGAUUGAAGUGUGCUGAAGACAAAUACUAUUGGCUAUGUAAACAAACAGAGCUCCAAGGCAACACUUUUUACUGACAUUAUAAAUUUUAAAUGAAAGUGCACAAAUAGAAAUCAGAAGACAUCUAGAUAAAUUCUCAUGGUUGAUUGUCGUGCCGAUUACCUAGCCAGUGAUGAAGACUCCAAGACUUGUCAUCUGCUUAUUGGCUGUAAGUAGAUUCACGUGUAUACAAAAGGAGUAUGAUGCUUUCCAUCGAAGCCCAGGAAACAAUUUCGGAAGUACGGUAUAUCAAGGUAGAAAAAUCAGAUUGCAAACUAUUGUUGGAGUUUCCUUGGAUAGCACUCUUUACAAGAGGAAUAUCCCCUGAUCUGUACGUGGGAUGUUAUAGAGAUAGUCAAGAUCGUGAUUUAGGCGCUGCGUAUGAUGGUCUCCACGGACUCACUCCUGCAAAAUGCAUUGCAUGGUAUGCUUUUUUCUUAUUAUGUCAACAAAACAACACCCACAAAACAUCAAACCCAUUCCGAGACCCCAUUGUUUUCCAAAAAUAUCAGGGUUGCAAGGUUUGUUUGUGGUGCCCCAAAAAAUAACGAGAGACAAUUUCAUAAAAAAUUGAGAGACGAUUAAAACAUUGAUAUUUCCAUUAGCCUGCGAGCCAGCUCUCCUGUGUGUUUUCGUUGUUCAGGAUCCCCGUGGCGCAACAAAAAAAAAAAAAAACAAACACAGGAAUUUCCGAAUUAAACUACUGGAUAGCCGGCUAUACUUCCAUUUCUUUGUGGUGCCCCAAAAAAGAACAAUUUCAUAAAGAAUUGAGACGAUAAAACAUUGAUACUUCCAUAAUUAAAAACAAUAAAAGAGAAAUCGCGGUGGCAAAUCAAUGAACCCAUAUGAACUUACAGAUAAUAUCUAUAUUUAUUCUUGUUUUCUUUUGUUAUUGUUUACCUUAAAAACGAUUUAUUUGCAAGAAAACCGAAUAACUGGUCCGCUCCCAGUUUUUUCUAAAAUUAUAAGGAAAUGCAAAGUAGAGGCGUGACUGUGCCCCCCUCUGUUUACCCCAAGGUGUGCAGAUAAAGGCUUUUUGUUUGCUGGUGCUCAAAAUGGAGGCCAAUGUUUCUGUGACAACUCAUAUGGGAAGUGGGGAAAACGUAGCGAAAGUAGCUGUCAUUCAUCAUGUAAUGGAGAUAGAAGAUUGAAGUGUGGUGGCGUAUGGUCCAACUCCGUCUUCAAAGUCGGUAAGAUAUCGUUUCACCUUUCUACGAACCACUAUCCCUACUUUCCAGGCGUUUGAAUGAAAGAGAUUGUGUGGUAGAUAGGACCACAAUGAAGAUUGGCUGCUUAAUUAAAGAGCCCUUGACAGCCACAUAUUUGUUAUUGUUCUUAUUCAAUAUUGGAAGAGAAAUCAAGUAAUAAUGUUUCGAAAUUACCAUCUAAAAACAAAGUUUUAUACUUCAUUUACCAAGUUCAAUAGGAAAUAUUACAAUAGCUUUCUCAAAAUCAGGAUGCGAAAAGGCCAUCUUGGAGAUCGGAAAUUCGGAGAGCACGUGGUAAAAAUUUGACCAUUUCUUUUUCCACUUUACCUACCACUCACAGCUUCCAGUGUGAUUGGCUGCUACAAUGAAGGUUCACCACGUGAUCUAUGGGGCGACCAAUCAGUGCUUGAAGGGUCUCUCUCCUAUGAGGUGUGCAUUGAGAGGUGCAAAGCAAAAAAGUUCUUCUUCGCAGCUUUUAAUAGCUAUACUAAGCUGUGCAGUUGUGGAGUGACCUACGGUCGAUAUGGGAGACAGCUGCAAGGAUCACAGUGCACUGCAGGAAAUGCCAGCAAAAUCUUCAAAACUGGACUCUAUGAUGACUAUCUCCAAAAAGAGAACUCCUUUCUUUACACCAGUCCACAAGGGACUUCAGAACUCAGCCCAGACUAUGUGAUCUACACAGCAUCUGCAGUCAAAAGCAUGCAUGUCUGUGCACAAUAUUGUGAGUAUUUACCCAGAUGUCGCUCAAUCAACUACAGCCCGGCUACUAUGGUGUGUGAAAUGAACAAUGUCACAUCAUCCAUGGGCACAUCUGCUGCAAGGGAGCAGUUUAGUUACUGGGAGCCCGUAGAGGUGAUAGUACUACACUGACUGAAUAACUGACUGACCAGGAGCGGAUCUAGGGGUGGGCCAAGCGGGCUCCCAAAAAAAUAACAAGAAAUAAAAGGAAAUCCACGGAAGAACAACGAAUCCACCCCCACCCCUUUCUUGAAACCCUUGCUUCGGCUCCCCAUUUAUGGAUCUCCUGGAUCUGCUCCUGCUGGCUAACUAUUGAGUCAUUGUCUGAUCAAUGACCGAGUUCCACAAUUUUUUUAAUGCUUAUUAAGGAUAAUGUUAUGUUUAUAAAAGGUUGUAAGGAAAAAAAAAUGAUUUUUUUAUAUGUUUUACUAACUUUUAGGCAGGAAAAAAUAUGAUUUAAUCCAGCAGGAAUGUAUUCACUUAAACAAGGUCUGACUUUGUGUUGUGUUGCUAGUAUAAAAACUUUAUGCAUGAAAUAAAAAAAAAGUUGGCUUGG